GGAGUAGCCGGCAACUUCACCUCGCGCCCAAUUCUCGCGAUCUCGACGGCUUUUAUAAGGCCGACUUGUAGACUCCGACCAGCUUCGCUUUGCUUCUCUUCGCUGAGGUCCGUUUGGGUCUCGGCGCUACUUGCGUCAUGGCCUCAGUUCGCCCCGUGCUUCGGUGCUUAGGGAGUUACGGGGGCCUAGAGCCUUGUUAGUCUCAGCUUCCUGUCCGUGGCGGAGCCUCGGGCUGCGGACGGUCUCUUUCCCCCUCUUUCCUCCAUCCCACUCCCCUUCCUCACGGAAAUCCAGCUGUCAGUAGAGCCUCUGCAUGAGAGCUGCUUGGGACUCUCUGCUAGUUCAUCACUAGCUGCAGAAUGUUCCCUUUUGACACCUUUGUCCUAUCUGCGUAACUUCCAUAGACUUUCACCGUGGGAAUCAGAGUUCUGGAUAUCUAUUUAGAGAAACACCGGGAUCACAGUCUUUCAUGGCAUCAUCCAGAGAGCCAGAUGUACCUGCUAUUGAGCACAGUGCAGGUGGGCUUCUAGGCAAGAUGUCUUUGCCAAUUGGAAUGCAUCGUCGGGCAUUCAGUUAUGAUGAUGUCCUGGAGGAUCCCACACCGAUGACUCCGCCUUCAUCUGACAUGUGCAGUAAGGUUCUGUGGAAAAAGCCGGUCAUCCCAGAUCGGAAGUACCAACAGCUUUCCAAGGUUGAGGAAGGAGAAAAUAGUUUCUCCAUAAACCCCUCAGCUUCCAGUGACCAAAUGAACAAGGCCCCAGUGGUGAAGGCCAAGGCAACGCACGUCAUCAUGAAUUCUCUAAUUACAAAACAGACACAAGAGAGCAUCCAGCGUUUUGAGCAGCGAGCAGGGCUGACAGAUGCAGGAUACACUCCGCAUAAAGGCCUCACCACUGAAGAAGCUAAGUACCACCGUAUGGCAGAGGCAGUCCAUAAAUUGAAGUUGCAAAAUGGAGAAAUGACAAAAGAAGAUAGACUGACUGCUUCAACCCAGUCCACCCCAAGUAGUACACCCCAUUCUUCUCCCAAGCAAAAGCCCAGAGGCUGGUUUACUCAUGGAUCUUCUACUUCCUUACCUGGCCUAGAUGUCAGCAGCAUGGACUCUGGAAAUACAGAUAGAGACAAGCCCUCAUCUGAAAAAUGGAGCCUUUUUGGACCAAGAACCCUCCAGAAAUCUGACUCAGGUUUCAGUGUCCAGUCAUACAAAGGUACUCAGAAGCCAUCACCAAUGGAGCUCAUUCGGGUUCAGGCUACUAAAAUUGCAGAAGACCCAGCAGCCUUAAAGCCACCUAAAAUGGACCUUCCAGCGAUGGAAGGAAAGAAACAACCUUCACGGACCCAUAACCUCAAACCAAGGGACAUGAAUGUGUUGACUCCUACAGGGUUCUAAAGCUUCCUUUUCAUGUGAGCGAAGUUGCUUUCCCUGGUGAACCACUGCUAUGUAGAGAGGGUAUCUUAGACUUUUCUUUCUUCCCAUCAACCUUGCACUUAACAUAGGAAAGAUGUCAUCCAUUUACAAUUCUGCUGAGGAUAAUAUUCCUGCUGAUUAUUUAAAUAUUUGUAGCAAAGCCUGAAUCUUUCUAAUGCAGGAAGACCUAUUCUGUAAUGUCCCAAAGUUGAUCUGAAUAACUUCUCAAAGUACAGUUGAUCACAGCCAGCUACUGAUCUAUAGAGCUAGAUUGCAGGGGACAAGGAAAAUAAUUAAAAUCUAGUAGACUUUGUUCUGCAUAUUUAUCCAAGAUAAAUAUUUGUUUGGUGGUUCUUUUCUUUGAUAAAGAACAUUACUAUUUUCCAUCUUAGUUGCUGGAGCUAACAGCUUCUUCUUAGAGAACACUCCUACUCUAGAAUCAAGGCACUAGUUGAGGAGCCUAGUUUCUUGGUCCCUUCCUGGCCAAGAAUAGAGAGACAGUAGCUAACAGGGAAAUGUUUGUUGGAAGUGGAAGCUGCUGUUUCCCUGUGACACUUAACUUACAUAAAAGAUACUUAAAAGGUUCUUUGGUUAAGGGCUUGAAGCAGAAGAUUUGGUCUGUUCCUGCCCUACAGUGGCCUUUUCUUUUUGGAAAGAUUGAAAAGACCAAAGGCUAAGGAUUUUGGUUUGUGACUGAAUGGUGAAAUCAUUGUUGGCUCCAGUAGAUGAGUUGUGGUAUUUGUUCACUUUAGCAAUAGUUAGCAUGCUCAACUCAUCUACUAAUAACUGAUUCUGUUAAAUUCUUAAGGGAGAUUCUGUGCAAUGUUUUGUGCUGUAGAGGAACGGCUGAAAUAACUUAUUUUUUAAAAACGUGAAAACUCAAGGAAGCUCAGUAUGUCUUCAGUGAUCUGACAUAAAUUAUCCUGUGACCUUUAACCUCUCCCAAGCAUUGGCCUGAAUCUUUUCUUACUAGAAAAAGUUGAGCUGCCAGGAGAAAUAAAAUUGAGAACUCAAAACAAAACAAAACUGAAUCAUCCUUUUGGUGGUCCCCUCACUAAAGAAGUGAUUUACAUCUCUGUGCUCUCAUUUUUAGAAGCCUAUUUCAUCACUGUCUCCUUCUUCUUGGUUUUGUUUUGUUGAGUGCUCCCUAAAAUGCUCUGAGGAAGAAACACAGUACCCAAGAAAUCUUGGGCCCUUGUAUUUCAUGUGUAUGUACUAUUCCUUUUUAAUGUGCUGACCUUGAUUUGAGAAUAAAAUUCUCUGGAUUGUAGGUGGUUUUUGAAA